AUGUCGGCCAUGACUCCAGAGAAGACCGGCCUGAUCACCUUGCGUGGAUCCACCGACACCGUGGUGGAGUUCUUCGGCUACGCCAUCAACAGCAUUCUGUACCAGCGUGGGGUCUACCCACCAGAGAACUUCACCUCGGUGGCCAAGUACGGAUUGUCCAUCCUCGUGACCAAAGACAAAGGCCUGCAGGAGUACUUGGGCGAGGUCCUGAAGCAGCUGCGGGGCUGGAUGAUGGUGAGCCAAGUCAAAAAGCUGGUUGUUGUCGUGGCCUCGCAGGUGACGGAGGAGACCCUCGAGCGCUGGACGUUCGAUGUGCAGGUGAAUGAUGGUGCCACCACCGCGUUGGCAAUCCCACAAACGCAGGCUGACAAGGUCCGGGAGCAGAAGGAGAUACAGGCCUCUGUGAUUCCGGCCGACCUGCGCCACCGGUCUGGCUCAAGAAUCCGCGCUCCUCCGGCGUCCUCUUCAGUGAGUCUGACGUUUGGACACGAGCCCUGCUGCAAUGAGGUACCGCCAUCUGAGAUAACUUGGGGCUCGAACGUGCAAAGAGGAGACCUUGAAUGCCCCUCCCGACCUGGAAGACCCAGCCCAAUAGUCCGCUCAAGUGCUACGCUGAACAUGUAG